UCUGGUUAAAUAAAAAGGCUGUUUGAAUUAGAGUGUUUUUGUCCUGAGAAAUGGAGACUGAUCAGACAGAAGAGAUGGACAUCAAAGUCUUGUCUUCCAUGUGGCCCGAAGACGUUGGAACCCAAGCAGACAACCGGUUCAACGUCGAGAAACCCGCCGGUGAUUCAGACACCUUAAAAGAAGUUGAUAUCGCUGAGAAACGCACCAUGGCUGAUUUAAAACGCUUACCAGAACUCAUGAACAUGACUAACCAAGGCUCUUCUCAACUCACCAACCUUGUGAAACAGUGGGAGUACACGCAGGACCACGCGGUUAAGCUAUUUAAAGAAGAGGUCAAGAUUCUCACCAGGCAAAGAGAAGAAGCAGAGGCCAAAGAGCUAAAGAUCAUAGAGGAGCAUAACUUCGAGACUCAAGAGCCUGAGAACGUUCCGGUUUUGGAUGAUACUAGCGAUUUGUACCGCAGGUUUAAGCACAAGAAAAGGGUUAAGAUCGACGAGGAGUUUGAUACGGUUGCGUAUUGGAAACAGAAGGCGUUGAGUUUGGAAAAGAUGCUUGAAGCGAGUACCGAGAGAUAGAGGAGGUUGAUUGAGAAGCUGAACGAGAGUUUGAAGACUAUGGAGUCUCACUCAGCACCGGUUGAAGAGUUGACUCAGAAUCUUAAGAGAGCUGAAGGUUUCUUGCAUUUCAUACUACAGAAUGCACCUAUUGUUAUGGGACAUCAAGACAAAGAUCUACGUUACUUGUUCAUCUACAACAAGUUUCCCACCUUACGAGAACAGGACAUUUUGGGGAAAACAGACGUGGAGAUAUUCCAGGGAGUUGGAGUUAAAGAGUGAAGAUUUCAAGAGAGAGGUUCUUGAAAAGGCAAAAGCCUCAAAGAAAGAGAUCACAUUUGAAACAGAAUUGUUUGGAUCAAAGACGUUUUUGAUAUACGAUGAGCCUGUUUACAACAAAGCUCGUGAGAAAAUCGGUAUUAACCACAUGGGAAUGGAAGUAACUGAUCAGGUAAGGAAGAGAGAAAAAGUGGCUAAACUUAGAGAAAACAACGCAGUGAGAAAGGCCAUGGAAUCAGAACUG